AUGUCUGGGGUGGAUGACAUCGAGGGCCUCAUCACCCAGCUCCGUGCCAAUGGAGCGACGGUUCGACGUAGAGCGAUGAAGGAGAUUCUGGAGAUCGUCGACAAGGAUUCUAACCGAGUCUCGCUCUCCACGAUGGGUACAGGGAAGCAGAGCGUGUGGGGGCGGCUGAUCAAGAACGCCAAGCUUGCGGUCGACAAAGAGGUGACCGCGGCGGAGAAGAAAGGGCGGGACCCUAGAAAUGACGAGGCGGACUGUUUGUGGAAGCUCGUCCGACUAGCAGGCGAGAAGCCAGGGCAACUAGGGGCGGUGACGGAGACCUUGCUUUCGCACGUCGUAAGCGUGCUCGAAGACGACUUCGCGAGGAAGGCGUACGGCCAGGUCUACACCCAGAUCCUCUGCAAGAUUCUCGAGGUGAGCCUGUAG